GGGCCGCCGGGCGCCGACUUCCGGCGCGGAAUUUUGACGUCAUUCAGCGGCGCGCCUCGGUAGCGUCAGAGCGACGUCGCGCCGGGCGGGAAAGUCCAAAGUGAGGGGCGGUGACGACUUCUGCGUGUUGAGUGGAUCUGCGGUAGGCGUCGCUCGAGGCUUCGCGCCACUGGGGCCUAGUCCCUAGGUCCAGGCCGAGCCCGGCCUUUAGUCUGGGGCUCCGCGCCCGGAACCUGGCUUCCUCAUCCGCCCUAUCGUGGGGUAAUUCCCUCAGAUUAUUUAAGUGUGGAGAACUUCACUCAAUGAUUUCCAAAAGAACACUGUCAAAAUCUGAGGAUAAAGAGACCCUGAUGGAAGAUGCCUCCAGAGCCAGGAAGAAAUCACUUUCCAAAAAGACAAAGGAAUCUUUUGCUUCUAAUGAAGUUGAAGAAAAUGACAGUGUCUUUGUAAGACUUCUGAAGACAUCAGGACUUGUUCUUAAAACUGGAGAGAAUCAAAAUCAACUAGCUGUGGAUCAAAUAAUUUUCCAAAAGAAGCUAUUGCAGUCCCUGAGGAAACAUCCUUCCUAUCCCAAAGUGAUAGAAGAAUUUGUUGAUGGCCUGGAAUCUUACAUUGAAGACCAUGACAGUUUCAGGAAUUGCCUUUUGUCUUGUGAACGUCUACACGAUGAGGAAGCCAGCAUGGGCGCAUCUUACUCUAAGAGCCUCAUCAAACUGCUUCUGGGGAUUGACAUAUUACAGCCUGCCAUUAUCAAAAUCUUAUUUGAAAAGUUGCCAGAAUUUCUUUUCAAAACUUCGAGCAGUGAUGGAAUCAACAUGCCUCGACUCAUUUUCAGUCAAUUAAAAUGGCUUGACAGAAUUGUGGAUGGCAAGGACCUUACCACCAAGAUCAUGCAGUUGAUCAGUAUUGCUCCAGUGUACCUGCAACAUGACUUUGUUACCAGCCUACCUGAGAUCUUAGGGGAUGCCCAGCAUGCUGAUGUGGGGAAAGAACUCAGUGACCUAUUAAUGGAGAAUACUCCCCUUACUGUCCCAAUCCUGGAUGUCCUUUCCAGUCUCCGACUUGACCCAACCUUCCUAUCUAAGGUCCGUCAGUUGGUGAUGGGUAAGCUGUCCUCAGUUGCUUUGGUUGACUUACCUGUGAUAAUCAAGUUCAUUCUUCAUUCCAUAACAGCCACCAAUGCACUUGAGGUAAUUUCUGAGCUUCGGGAGAGGUUGGAUCUGCAGCAUUUUAUUUUGCCAUCAAUGUUUCAGGCUUCCCAAAUCAAGUUGAAAAUUACAGGAGCAAGUUCUUCAGAAUACCAAGAAGAUGACAGUCCAAACUGUGUUAUGCUUCUCUUUGAUAUCUUAAAGUUGACUGUUAGGUAUGAGAAAAUCAUUUCAGAAGCCUGGAUUAAGGCAAUUGAAAACAUUGAGUCUAAGCACAAGGUUCUGAAGGAUAUUUGUCCAUCCAUUCUAUUACUGGCUCAGAGUUUGUUCCACUCUCAAGAUCAAAAUAUAAUUUUGUUUGGCAGUCUCUUAUACAAAUACUCAUUUAAGUUUUUUGACACUUACUGCCAGCAGGAAGCAGUUGGUGCCCUUGUGACCCAUGUCUGCAGUGGGAAUGAAACGGAAGUUGAUACUGCAUUGAAUGUCCUCCUUGAGUUGAUAAGAUUAAACCCAUCUGCUAUGAGACUGAAUGCUGUCUUUGUAAAGGGCAUUUUAGAUUAUCUGGAUAAUAUGUCCCCUCAGCAAAUACGAAAACUCUUCUAUAUUCUUAGCAUGUUGGCAUUUAGCAAACACGAAGCUAGCAGCCACAUUCAGGAUGACAUGCAUCUGGUGGUACGGAAGCAGCUCUCUAGCACCAUAUUUAAGUAUAAACUUAUUGGUAUUAUUGGUGCUAUCACCAUGGCUGGUGUCAUGGCGACAGACAGAAUUAUAUCUGCUUUGACCCAAAGGAGAGAUGACCUGAACAAUGAGCAGUGUACACAGGUGACCUCCUUGCUGCAGUUGGUUCAUUCCUGUAGUGAGCAGUCUCCUCGGGCCUCUGCACUUUAUUAUGAUGAGUUUGCCAACCUAAUCCAAGAAGGGAAACUAACUCCAGAAACCUUGGAAUGGAUUGGACCAACUGUCUUUAAUGAUUUCCAAGAUGCCUUUGUGGUGGACUUAUGUGUUAUUCCAGAAGGUGACUUUCCGUUUCCUGUGAAAGCUCUCUAUGGGCUGGAAGAAUAUGAUACUCGUGAUGGGAUCGUCAUCAACCUCCUGCCACUGCUAUUUUCUCAGGAAUUUGAAAAAGAGGGAAGUCAAAUGACUUCACAGGAACCAGGCAAAAAAUUGGUGUCUCCGUUGUGCCUGGCUCCCCAUUUCCGGUUAUUGAGACUUUGUGUGGCAAGACAACAUAAUGGAAACCUGGAGGAGAUUGAUGGUCUCUUAGAUUGUCCUAUAUUCCUUACUGACUUGGAGCCUGGAGAGAAGCUGGAGUCCAUGUCUCUCAAGGAGCGUUCCUUCAUGUGUUCACUAAUAUUUCUUUCCCUCAACUGGUUCCGAGAGGUUGUAAAUGCCUUCUGCAGACAGACAUCACCUGAGAUGAAGGGGAAGGUGCUCUCUCGAUUAAAGAACAUUGUAGAACUGCAGGAAAUUCUGGAAAAGUACUUAGCAGUCACCCCGGACUAUGUUCCUCCUCUUGCAAACUUUGACUUGGAAACUUUAGAUGUAAUACCUCAUAGCAAUUCUGCUGCUUCAGGAAAAAACAGAAAAACAGGAAAGAUAGGAGGAAGGAAACGAAAAGCAGAUGGCAGCAAAGCACCCUCCCCUGACACACUUUCAAAAGAGGAUAAUUCAGAAUGUGAUGCUGUGCCAACUGGUAGAAGCCAGCUAGAGAAGGAGCUCACAGGGAAGGAAGGAAAAACAUCAGUGUCACUACAGAAUUACAGUGCAUUUUUUCGAGAGGUGGACAUUGAGGUCUUCUCUAUUCUGCAUUGUGGACUUGUGACCAAAUUCAUCUUAGAUACUGAAAUGAACACAGAAGCUACAGAAGUUGUACAGCUUGGGCCUCCUGAGUUACUUUUCUUGCUAGAAGAUCUCUCUCACAAGUUAGAUAAUAUGCUGACACCAUCCUUUACUAAGAGAAACCCCUUUCUCAAGAAUAAAGGAAACCGGAAUAUUGGAUUCUCACAUCUCCAUCUGAAGUCUGCCCCAGAAGUUGUUCAUUGUGUUGUUCAACUGCUGACCCCGAUGUGUAACCAUCUGGAGAAUAUUCACAACUAUUUCCAGAGCUUAGUUGCCGAGAAUCAUGGUGAAGUUGAUGGACCAGGAGUGAAGCCUCAAGAGCACCACAUAAUGGCUUCCUGUUAUCAGAGGCUACUGCAGAUUUUUCAUGGAAUUUUUGCUUGGAAUGGAUUUUUUAACCUUGGAUAUCAUAAUUUACUGUAUUCAGCCCUUGAGGUCCUCGCUAGCCGACUGAAGCAAAUAGAACAUGAGCAGUCAUUGGAGGAAUUGGUCAGUCAGAGCUUCAAUUACUUGCAGAAUUUUCAUCCCAGCAUUCCUAGUUUCCAGUGUGGUCUUUACCUUAUCAGACUUUUGAUGGUCUUGUUGGAAAAAUCUACAGCUCCUGCUCCAAAGAAAGAAAAAAUUGCUUCCCUGGCUAGACAGUGCCUCUGUCGGGCAUGGUCACAUGGGGAAAAAGAGAAGAACAGCACCUUUAAUGAGCAGCUGCAUGAUAUGCUUUGCAUCUACCUGGAGCACACAGACAAUGUUCUGAAGGCCAUAGAGGAGAUCGCUGGCAUUGGUGUCCCAGAAUUGAUCAACUCUCCAAAAGAUGCAUCUUCCUCUACAUUCCCUACACUGACAAGGCACACCUUUGUCAUUUUCUUCCGUGUGAUGAUGGCUGAACUUGAGAAGACGGUGAAAGGUCUCCAGGCUGGCACAGCGGCAGACUCACAGCAGAUUCAUGAAGAGAAGCUUCUCUACUGGAACAUGGCUGUUCGAGACUUUAGUAUCCUCAUCAACCUGAUGAAAGUAUUUGAUAGUCAUCCUGUUCUGCAUGUAUGUUUGAAGUAUGGACGUCUCUUUGUGGAAGCAUUUCUGAAGCAGUGUAUGCCACUCCUAGACUUCAGUUUCAGAAAACACCGGGAAGAUGUGCUGAGCUUACUGGAAACCUUCCAGCUGGACACAAGGCUGCUUCAUCACCUGUGUGGGCAUUCCAAGAUUCACCAGGACAUGAGACUCACCAAACAUGUGCCUUUACUUAAAAAGACCCUGGAGCUCUUAGUUUGCAGAGUCAAAGCAAUGCUGGUCCUCAACAAUUGCAGAGAGGCUUUCUGGCUGGGCAAUCUCAAAAACCGGGACUUGCAGGGUGAAGAGAUUAUAUCCCAGAAUUCCCAGGAGAGUACAGCAUAUGAGAGUGAGGGUGGCACGUCAUCCCAGCUCACUAAGAGCAAAGCAACAGAGGAUGGUGAAGAUGAUGAAGCAAGUGAUGGAGAAAAGGAGCAAUAUAGUGAUGAGAGUGACGACAACUCUGAUUAGACCCCAAGAGGCUGCUGCUGUCUUUCUCUUCUCUGCCACUCUCUUACCAUUUUGUAUUCAGGGUUUGAAAUCUGCUCUUUCUGUUUGGAAGUAUCCUGUUUUGUCCUCCAAGAGGGGGUUUAUUUAAUUUGUGAAUUUCACAGAUUGUCUAUCAUUGUCAAAGUCCCUGGCUUGGAAUCCCAGUGAAGCAUUGUUUCUGGUUUGGAUAAAUGUGGCUGUGCUCUAAUGCAGAGUAAACUCUCUGAGUCAUGAUUUUGGACUUUGUGCACUAGUUUUGAAACAGAUUUAUUCUAGA